AGCAACAUACACGCAUUUUACGCGCGCAACACGUAUCUAUGAACAACAGAAAAACCCACGAAACGAAAAAGGAGUAAUGAAUAUGAAAUCAGCGUUUCGAAACGUUUAUUGUACGCUCUUCCGCUCCCUAAACCCUAACCUUCCCUCCAAUUUCCUCCCUCGUCGUCUUACAUUCCUCAUCCCUCCCUCAGCUCCGUCCAUCAGAGCCCAAACGUUUCGCUCGCUCUCCCCCACUCACUCCUCUGAAUCCAUGCCGGGCGGUGAAGCUCACGCGGCUCCCCUGCUGGAGAAGCAGUUCGAGGACUUCCGAGCGCAGCUCGAAGAGUCUGGAACCUUGCGCGAGCGCAUUCGAACUGUGGUUAUGGAGAUCGAGUCCACCACAAGGCUCAUUCACUCGAGCCUUCUCUUAGUCCACCAGUCUCGUUCAACUCCUGAGGUUUUGGAGAAGCCCUUGGCUCAGAUUGGUGUGCUGAAGGAGCUCUACAAUCGACUCGCUAAGAUUGUGCUCGAGUCUCCUGGGCAAUACUAUAGAUAUCAUGGUGAUUGGAAGACGGAGACACAGACUGUGGUUUCUCUGCUUGCUUUUAUGCAUUGGUUAGAGACAGGGGCUCUUUUGCUGCACACUGAAGCUAAGGAAAAACUUGGGUUGAACGAUUCAGAGUUUGGUCUGGAUGUUGAAGACUAUCUUGUUGGUAUUUGUUUCAUGUCCAAGGAAUUGCCGAGGUAUGUGGUUAACCAAGUGACAGCUGGGGACUAUGACUGCCCAAGAAAGGUGCUGAAAUUUUUGACAGAUCUUCAUGCAGGCUUCCGCAUGCUUAAUCUUCGGAAUGACUUUUUGCGCAAGACAUUUGAUGGUAUGAAGUAUGACCUAAGAAGAGUCGAAGAAGUUUACUACGAUGUUAAGAUCCGAGGCUUGACAGCCAAUGGUGAUCCUGUGGCAGACCAAGCAGCACAAUCAUAGAUUUCAAAAGUUGUAAACUUCCUCUUUGUUAUCAUGAUUACUUGAAAUUCCAGAGAGACAGAUGACGGAAGAGGGUUUUGUGUCACAAACUCCAACCGAAUCGGGUAAAUCUAGAAUCCUGCUACUAGUUACAGGAGAAUGGAAGCAAGGAAAACUGUAACCAAUGCCUUGCUUCUGAUGUCAUUUUCCGACUUCUGUGUAAAUCAAAAAACAAUGAAACAUGGUUGAGGAAGAAUGAAAGUUAAGAGUUUUGUGAAUCCA